GCAAUGUCCGAAAGUUUGCAUCCCUACAGUCUCGAGCAGGAGCGAGGGUAAUGAAUACACAGGAACGACCUCAUCCAGCACGUCAACAACCACCUGCUCCACCUCCAGUUGGCUGGAAUAUUGUUGCAGACUCGCCCUACCAAAAUCUGUCCACUGACAAAGGUCCUGAGAAUUCCACAGGCGGUAGGCUUGCCAGCGAGGUCGAAGAAGCCCCAGGAUUACCAAAUCCGUCUCAAGUCCACUUUGGCGCACCAUACACCGGAAGUGGAAAAAGUGGUUUGACCCAAUCACUCCAACGAGAAGGCGAAUUUAUUCCCCAACGCGGCAACGACUUGAUGGCAGACAGUGGCAUGGAUGGCGGUGGUGACUUGCACUCCGUCACUUCCAGCGGCACCGAGUACAAACAAGCUACUAAUGGCUACUUUGCUCUCAAGACCUUCAGAAAGGUGGAUUUGGUGCGAGAGCACUGUACAGACUGUAUGAGGAUUGAAAAACGUGUCCUUCAACUCGUCACUGAAGCGAGGCAUCCCUGUUUCGUCCACAUGAUCGCCUGCUUCCAGCCACAGGAUUAUGCUGUAAUCGUAUUGGACUAUCUGCCCGGUGGCGAUUUGAUGCAACACAUACAAAGUGGACCGUUUGAUGAGGAGCGCACCGUCUUCUAUGCAGCCUGUGUGGUGUUGGCGUUGGAGUUCCUCCACUUGAAUAACAUUAUGUAUCGGGAUCUGAAGUUGGAGAAUUUACUACUCACUGGAUACGGCUACUUGAAGGUGGUUGACUUUGGUCUUUGCAAGGCGAACAUGGGACCGAAUGAUAAGACCAGCACCUUCUGUGGAACACCGCAAUUCGUGGCGCCUGAAAUGAUCACAGACACCGGAUACACCCGUGCUAUUGAUUGGUGGUGUCUGGGUGUUCUCAUCUAUGAAAUGCUUGUCGGCAAGUCCUGCGAUCCGCCCAAUUGUGAGGUUACACAUUCAUGGGGUAGAGAUCCCAGUCAACGUUUAGGUGUUUCGGCGGGAGGGAUCAUGGACAUCAAGAGACAUUCCUUCUUUGCUGAUCUCAACUUCGAUGCAUUGCUUGCGAAUCGGAUUAAACCGCCGUUCAUCCCAAAACUUGUAGGCCAUUUUUUGUCUAUUCCACCACCUUUGCCAUUCGAAGGAACAAGCGCUAAACAAAUCAGAUAA